AUUGGUGCAAAAAGUUAGCUAUAAAUUGGCGCUGUUGCUGCUUGGCGAAAUAAUUGGAAGUUUGGAAGUUAGGAGGAGAGAAUCUGUAUCUGUGGAGUUCCAGUGGGAUAGUUCAACCCAAUACUGGGACCAAUUAUGGAUUUCAAAACGCUUUUAGUCCUCGCUUGUGUAGCGGCUGGAUCUCUAGCUGGACCAGUGAGGGAAACACAAUGUGCGGAACAAUGCAAUAGUCGAGAAGAUGAAGGGAUGUUCAGAUCCUUCAAGAGCUACUACUUUUCAUAUGCCGUGGACAUCGACAGCAGAAUCAAUGGCUCCGACAUUGCCCAGUCUUCAACCGUCCGUAUCGAAGCUACAGCCGUCAUCGAAGGCCUCUCAGCCUGUGACAAGAUGCUCAUACUCAGUGAUAUCAGCAUCCUUGAAAGGCAGUCCGAUGGCAUCAUGGUACCCGCGGAGACGGAAUCCACUUUUGCCCUCAGUCUCAGCGCCCAUCCUCUGCGCUUCUCGAUGGAGAGCAACGGCACCAUCACCUCCGUCUGCCCUGAGGCCGGGGAAGAGAUCUGGGCCCUCAAUGUGAAGAGAGGAUUCCUUUCUCACAUGCAGACCAAGAGAACUACCUCAAACGAUGUUCUAUCCGUGGCUGGUGUCUUUGAGACUAGUGUCACUGGAACUUGCAUGCCUGUGUACAGCCCAACAGGAGAGAUGUCAUUCAUUAAGAGUAACGAUUAUCUGAUGUGCAAGCACAGGACGAACCUCAACAUGUUUGUGGAUGCCGUGCCCGUCCAUCUUCUUGCUCCUACUGCAAGCCCUCUGACAAGCAGAAUGGAAUGCGAGUACACGAUGGACAGUCAGAGCAUCAGUACCAUUGAAUGCCAGGAGACACACACGCUCAAGCCAUUCGCCGAGUCAGAGUCCCACCCAGAAGUCAGGGUACGCACAAUGAUUACCAAGACUGACGUCAGGCCGACGAUCUCAUCAUCACUUGGUAGCGAGUUUGCUCGUAGGACCAGUCUUCUCUAUGAGAACCCAAGCCCAGACUCUGAGAUAAGCAGUAGGGAUGUCCGAAAGACUAUCACCCAGAUCUGCGAAUCCAUCACCAACGGCAUCAGCCAUGAGACUCCUGGACUCUUUGAAACCCUGACCAAGCAGUUCGGAGAACUGGACAUGGACAACAUGUACACUGUGAUCAACAGACUCUUCAGAAUCUGCCCUGAGACGAAUGAAGUCAUUAACAUGGUGAAAGACGCUUUGACUGAUUGCGACACCGAACAGUGCGCUCAGGGAUUCCACUCCAUCAUCAAUUCCGAGAACUCGGCUGAAAACGAUUUCUACCUCAGGAAGUGGUUCAUGAAGCUCGUCUUCCACAAGAACCCUACCAAAAACAUGAUCGACAUUGUCAAGCGCUAUGUCCAUGGAAGCGAGGAGGUAAAUCUCCCGGCUUACUAUGCCCUCUCAUCGAUGAUCCACCAAUACUGUCGCAUCUCGGACGACGACUGCUCCAGGGACCCUGAUAUCCAGCAGGCUGCUGUGGUCUUUGAAGAUAAUCUCCACGAAUCCUGUCUGCCAGAGAACGAAGAAGAUGAAAAGAGGAUCCUGAUGUCUGUCAGGGCCAUCGGUAACAUGGGUCUUAUCCAAACCAAGAGUCUCCUCAACCGAUGCAACAGGGACCAGAACUCUAACCAACUACGUGUUGCUUCUAUCCAAGCUUACAGAAGAGUGUCUUGUGUUGAUGUCCCUACCGAUCGCUUCAUGCGUGUCUUCAGCACCGUCGAUAACGACAGCGAGUUGAGGAUUGCUGCCUACCGGGCCAUCAUCAGGUGUCCUUCAGAGGAACUCCUUCAGGGCAUUGCCAGCACCAUGGCCUUGGAACCCACCAACCAAGUGACCUGCUAUGUAUCCAGUCACCUUGCCAACCUCAGGAACUCCCAGGACCCCAUGGUGUCUGACCUCCAGUCUGCCCUCGGCCAGAGCCCCCUUGCCAAUGUGACAAAGUGUGGCAUGGACUACAGGAAGUUCUCCCACAACUACGGUCUUUCAUACUUUGACGAUGAGAGUGGCAAUGGCAUCCAUUUUGAUGGUGAUGUUGUCUUCUCCUCCGAGUCCUACCUCCCAAGGAGUGGCAGGUUGGCCAUGAACGUGGAUGUCUUCGGAUACGGACUUGAUCUCUUUGAGUUGGAUGCCAGGACGGAGGGAUGGCAAGAAGCCCUGGAGUCCCUUAUGGCACCCAGCGAUGAGGACCGUGAUGCCAACAUGAUUCGAUCAGUUCAGAGGAUGUUCAAGAAACGUGCUAGGCGACAGAGGAGGGAGGGCAUCAAGAAUUCUGCACUGAAUAAGAUCAGGAACCAGUAUGAAUCCAACCAUGACUUGGAGCAGGAGGAGAUCGAGCAAGCUUCCUUAGCGAUGAAGGUCUUUGGUAAUGACGUCUUCUACAAGGACCGUGAUGACUUUGAGCGUAUGGCUGAGAAGUUCAGCAGGGAAAACAUCAUGCAGAUCAUCGCAUCCCUGACCACGCACAGGACCCAUGAAUACAGUCUGAACAAGAACUUCAAGGCGUCCAAGGUGUCCAUCCCGACCAUGGCUGGUAUGCCUCUAGAGGUCAACAUCCAAGGAGCAUUCAACAGCAUCCUGAAGGCAUCAGGGAAGUUGGACGUCCUGGGCAUGGUGGCCAGUCCAAGGACAUUGACUAUCAAGGGAUCGUUUGAGCCAAGUGCGGCCAUUGAGGUGAGCAGUAACAUGAUGGUGGAUGCCCAUUGCGCCCGUAGCGGUCUGUCUCACAAGAUCAACAUGGCUACAUCCCUCAGCCUCGGAGGUAGUCUGUCCUUCGCGGAUGGGUUGCUCAAUGUCAAGGUCGACGCUCCGCCAAGACGAGAGACUGUCAUCAAGGCAUCGUCUUCCCUAUCCUUCAUGCAGGGGAAUGAUCAACUGGUUGCAGUAUCCGAGCCAGAAAUCUCCAUGGAUGAAACCUUUGCCAAUCCAAGGUACUCUCUUCAUAUCACUGGAACCAGACCAGCUGCAACCUUCCCUCUGCCCGGGGCACUAUUCCACACCUGGGGAAUGGAGAUCACAUUAGACAAGCUUGAGGAUAGCCUUGUUUCUUACGAUCUUGAGGUUGGAUUCAGGACAAAGCAGAGUGUCAGGAACGGUGAGGUUGUGAAAGUUGACGAGGUCCGUCUUCUAGUUGGCGCUGAAGGUAGUGAGAGCAUUGGGGUGUACAGCAUGGAUUUGCACUAUCACCGUGCCAAUUCAACACUUCUUAUCGAUGCAAACACUCCAUUCCAUGGCAGCACAUAUUUCAUAGGAUCACUCCGCAAUGAACAGACCAACAAGAGACUUCACCUGCAAGCAACUUCAGAUGCUACCGGAGCUGUUCAGACCUACGUCUUGGACGCUGGUAUGGACACCAUCCCACUGUCCAAUGGUAUCAAGUUCAUCCCAGUCUUCUCCUUGACGAUCCCAGACCUUGUGAGCUACAACCUGGAGGGAUACAUCAGCAGCACUGAAGAGGACAAGGUGGUGGAUCUCAGCCUGGUCGAUGGAUCAGAACAAAGACUUAUUUCCCUGAGAGGUGACCUCAUCAAGAACGACACCAUGCGCCUCCUGUCCGUGUCUGGUAACGUUGGCGCAUUCUCUGGCUCCCUCCAGGGGGGCUACAAGUCGGAAACCACACCCUCAUCUCUCAUGAUCACUCCCAUCUUCAGCCUCACCAGUGCUUUCCCUGUUGUCUCUUUGAGACUCGGUGGAGGUCCUCUGGUCCUCUCGGACAACGGUGUGACCAUGGGUGAACUCUACCUCACCUCAGCCAACUCAAGACUGAUCAAGAUAUCCAACCUACACCUCGAGAAAAGUGAGAGGAGGUUUGGUGUCCAGGGUAUGAUCAAAGAGAUCAUUCCUUUCGGCAUUGAGUUUGAGAUGACCAACGACGAGCAGAGACAGUACUCUGUGGAUCUGACCGUCAACUCCAUGGGCUCAUACAACAUUCAGGGUACACUCUUCAACAAGUCAGCGGAUUCCAUCUACAGGAUUGAGGUCGUGACGGCAGUCAACGGCAAUGAGUUCUUCAAUGUAACAAGUGAAUUCAAGAACCAAGUUAACACUCAUCAGUACCUGGACACCAUCAUCAAGUUCAGAGGCAAUCAGAUCUUCAGGACCAAGAACGGUCUUCAGGUCCAGCCCAUGAAUUCCGGGAACAGGUUCACCCCGAUCUUCCUCUUGGAAACAAACGAGCUUGGAAGUCUCUCUCUGGGAGGAUCAGUCAAUGUAUUAGUAGGAAGUGGAAUCUUGAUCAACAACCUGAGGCUGGUCGGUACUGAGGAUAUUGUAACUCUCAGUGGCUCUGCUUCCCUGGAUCGUGAAAUAAGGACCAUCGACUGGACAUUGAAUGUUGGUGGUGCUUACGUCAUCGGGGGUGUAUCAGGGUCUGCCUCCCACCGUGAUAACACUCUGACCUUCCAGACAUCUAUGACAUCAGAUGGAUCAAGCCAACCUGACUACAGCCUCAACAUUGAACUUCAGAACUCCACCAAAGAGGGUGAGAUCUUUGCCUGGGACGGCAAGAUUGAGCUGGACAUGCCCCACCAUCCCGAGCUGAGCUUCCGUAUGGACACCGAAUACGCCUUAUCUGAUGGCCGAUCCAGUGGAAACGUCUUCAGGCUCUGCUACGAUGGAAUUGACUGUACUUCUACUGAUAAGAGGAUCACUUUGAGCCAUGACCUGACCUUUAAUCAUGUAAGGAACGUUUCAUACAGUCAUGACAUGGAAGUGUCUUACACUCAUCCUGCUGUUGGUGUUGACUUGUCGAUGGAAUGGACCACCGGGUGUGUUGUAGGUGCCUCCUCCGGCAUGGAGCUGACCCUGAGGGAUCAUGAAGAGGAUCUAUUCACCACCACCAUGAGGUACACCGCAGAAGGACCAUCCACCAACGGCUCCGUAGCGAUCCUCCUCACGGCUCCAGGCUACUUUGAUUACGAGUCUACAGACAUUUUCCAUUUCAGCAACCCCAUGGACAUCCUUUGGUUAUCGAAGUACAGAUCUGGCGAGCAGGUCAUGAGCUUCCUCGUGCGCUUCAAUAUGACUGCUGAAUCUGAAACGGUCUUCGGGAUGACCACUGUUUUGGAAUAUACAGACAUCAGGAACAAUGCUUAUACUCUGGAAUAUAUCUUUGACAAAAAUAACGACAACAAGUUGGACUCGAUGACUAUCAAGAAGAAUUCUGAGUUGAAACUGUGGAAGUUUGAGGAAGACACAAUGGAGAAAUCAGAAACCCGAAUCUUCACUCGUUACAUCCGUGCUAUAAGGACCACGUUCCAACCUGUCCAGGACAUACGCUACUACCAAGCGGUGACUAUCGAUCGUCAAACUGGCAAUGCCAAUGCAGAUCUGCAGCUUCGGUUCCUCCCUGGCCAGAAACCGAUCUCCCUCAUCGCCGAUUUUACAAACAGAAGCACGGAAGCAAAGGAGGACGGCCAGAUUAUCGCCACUCUGACCCUCCCGAAGACUGCCAUCACUGUUCUCACUGAAGGAAAGCUUGAGAAGGGUGUCCCAUCUGGCAAUAUGAGCAUUAAAAUACAACCUCUUAUGAGAUCAGCUGAAACCUACGCUGUUGAGUUGGCCAUGAAGAACAGGAGCUCCUCAUCAAGCCAGGCAUACGACACCGCCUUGACCUUCAGGUCUCCUGCAAAUGUAGGGUAUGGUCUCAAACACACUGUUGAGUACAUGUUUUCUGAAGAUCAACCGCCAUUUAUGACAACUUCUUUCACUGGCAUGUGGGGUGAGGAGGAGAUUGUUUUCGAUGGAGCAGUAUAUGUCCACGACCCCUUGAAUGAGGGCAUUGCAUGUGAUCUAAGCCUUACAACUCCAGUUCACGUGUACAGCCUUGGAACUAGGUUUAAUAUGGAGUCCCGCAACAUCACCCUCGCCAAAGACUCUGUCAUCAUCUGGUCAUCCAACUACACCCAAAACUUCCUGGAGAGCGAUGCCGGCUUCAGCUACAGCCUUCGGGUUCUCGAGAGCGUGAUGUCCUAUGGCUCUGUGCUGACCCUGACCCUGAGUAAUAUCAGCAAUUCCUACGAGCUCAACCUCCAAAUACAGGAGAAUGAUCGGGAGAACCUCUACACCAACUGGGAGCUUGACCUUUUCCCUGGCCAGAAGCGCUUUGACCUGGCCACAGAGACCAGGUCAGAUUUCUUGCCAGGUUACAACACCAGGACCUCUCUCAAUUUUGAGGAAACUGAGCUGGCUGCUACUCUCUUCUACUCACAUAAUGUGGACAACAGGGACGUGUUCUCCUUGACAUUCACCAACGGUGCAUCAGACGAUCCCGUCUCCCGUACCACCAAGAUUGUCAUCAGACAGCCCACCAAUCCCAGCAUCAACCUGCAUCAGGUGGUCCUUGUCGAUUCCUGCUCCAUGAACGAGCAAGGAGUCGCCCAUAACACCACUCUGAUGUGGGGUAGCCUGCUCCCUACCCAGACCGUUGCCUUGCGUUUCAUCGGCAGAAGAAACCAGGGUGGAGCUGGGGCCACCCUCAUGCUUCGAAAUGAGGGCCGCAUCUUGGGCUUCGGAAGAGUGUACACCCUGAACGUUGAUAAGACCAAAACGGAAUCUCAGGAAAGCUGCAAUACCACUUUCACCGGGGAGAAUGGAAACAUCGUCUCUGUUCUAUCUGUGCUGUCCAAUAAUAGCCUUGGCAUCACCAAGGAUUAUGGUUACAGUAUCACUACGACCAUACUAGACAGACAUCCAAUCACUGUAGCGACCAGCCUGAUUCAGAACAGCGGAAACACAGUCGUGGACGCCGACCUGACCAUCACCUAUAGCAUUGAGAAGAACCAAAAAUUGACCGCUGGCAUUGAGGUCACUCGUGUGCUGAAUGGUCACUCCAUUCACCUGAACCUUCAGCAUUUGGUCAACACCGUUGAUGUCGACAUCAUUGGAACGUAUUCGAAUACUUCUGAGCAAUUUGAGGUCUCGCUCGAGAACAGCGUUCUUCUUGGUGAUGAACGACAUAUGCCUGAACUUUCAUUCACCCUCAACAGAGCCACAAAGGAGGUGUCCUUCAUGUACACUGGCAGCAGACGCUAUGGAUUCUGGGGCCACUUUAUCAACAGGACCACCGAGGCAGGCCGGGCGUAUCAGAUCAAUUGCCGCAACACGUACGACAGGCGUGUGGUGCCUUACGCCAUGAUGUUCAGUGAACCACGAAGACUGGUGGGCAUGACAGUCCAGUACAACCCAGACAAUGCUGAUGACAUCUGGGAGUUCCUGGCAGGUUACCAGAACGACACGGCCGUCUUUGCUUCUUUGGACACCGUCCACUCUGGCCAGACAAUCCAGAACGGUUCUCUCGUCUUCAGCUUAGAUGGCAGCAUGCCAAAGGUUCUUACAACCCAAAUCAAGUGGGAGCCGGCAUGGCCACAAGACCUCAAGGCUGCCGUUCAGGACAUCAUCAACAAGACAAUCGCGCUGCAGGCCGAGAAGCAUGCAUCCAUCUGCGGCGGCUGGAAGAAACUGGCAAACAGAUUGAACCAAACGGCAAUGAACUUCAUGGUAUCCAACAUAGACAUCUACACUCGGAUGCAGCUGCUGAAGACUAGCGUCGAAGCUGAAUGGGAAUUGACCACACUUCCAAGGAUGGUACAAAUUGGCAACCUCGUCGGAAAAUGGAUGGCGUUCAACCAGACGUUUCACAACAACUUUGUAGGCCUCGACGAGAAGGCUAAUGCCUACAUUGCUUUGGCUAUGGAAUUUGCGAAUGUGGACACAUACUUUUCUACACGAUUCAAUGCGUUUUCAGAGGCAGUUACCAUGGACUGGUUGUCUUUUGAAGAGUUAUUUAGAGCCAUUCAGGAUGAGUUCAAUGGGACGGCCAUUGCUGCCCACUUGGCUGCCAGUGAUGAGGCAAAGAAUGCUUUCUUUGACGAUCUAUUCACCCAGUUUGAACAGGACAUUGAGUCCAUGGAUCCAGACUUCACGCCACUCUCGGAACGCCUCUACACCAUCGGUCAGAACCUCAAUGCGGUCGGAGAACGCAUCCGUGAAGAGUUCAACACAAGGAUUGCUGCCUUGAGAUCUGAAAAGAGAGCCAUCAAGAAUGUCAUAGCAGCCAUUGCUGAGGAUGUCCAGAGUUUUAAUGCCUCUCUCAGGACAGCUGCUUCAAAUUGGGAGGUCGCUAUCGAAAGAGAGCUUGAGCUAUUCCGCAACAUUGAUUUUAGCCAAAUUCUCACUGUUGUAACACAGUUCAAUGGAACCAUCCGAAUGAUGAUGGACGAGGCAGCUGCUCAGGAGCUCUCCGCAAUCACUGCUCAAACCUUCAUGGCCCCAUACGCCGAGCCCCUGGUACGUCGGCGCCGUCAAGCUCCUGCAGGUUCACCUGGAAACUUAAACCUUGAUCAAAUAUCUGCUGCUCUUGCAAAGUUCAAUGCCAAGUAUACUAUCCCUGAUGUCCCUCAACAAGUCGAUGUCCCUCAACCAGUCGUCGUCCUUCCAGCUCCAGCUGUUGAGGAGAACGAGGGUUGCAACUUCACUGUCCUCAUCAACGUCCUGAAGAAGGUCUUCAACGGAACAUACGAGCUGACCAAGUUGGAUCUGAUGAACGGCGAAAUUGUUGUCAAGAUAUUUUUGAAGGACUUCAGCAACAUCACUUCUUUCACCAACUUCACCCAUCAGUACAUGGACACGCGCAUGCUGGACAGGUUCAACAUGACGAAGCUGGAGAAGGUGAUAGGCAUGCUCCAGGAAGGUAGCCUCAGCGACUUCAAGGCCCGCUUCAUGGAGCAGUUCACCGCCAACCGUACCUACUAUGAGGAGAUGAUGCAGGAGAUUCAGUCCAGGAUGCUUCAGGGUGGUGUCCAGGAUGCCUUGGAGACCCGCAUCAUUCCCUACCUGGGCCGCAUCGGUGACCGCAUCGUCGAGGGUGGCCGUCCCUUCUUUGGCCGCAUCAUGGACCUCCCCGACGAGGAGAUGCGACGCUCCUUCCUGGAGGAGCUGACCAGCGAGAUGGACUUUGCCACUCUGGAGAGGAUGUACGGGAAGAUGAAGCAAACCAUGUGUGGAGUGCGUAAUGCUGUGACUGCUGUAGCAAUGAAGGCCAGGUUUGGUACCUGUCCCCAUAGCUGGAUGCCACCAUACGGAGCUAAUGCUCUUGUCAUUGGAGCCCAACAUUACAUGACAUUCGACAAACUCUUCUACGACUUCUCUGGAAAGUGUGGCUAUAUCCUGGCCAGGGAUUUUGUCCAUGAAAACGACUUCUCUGCCAUCGUUGACUACGAACGCGACAUGGAAAUCCCGAUCAGGAACAUGAUGUUCAUGAUCAACUCCACAACGUUCGAGAUCAAGUCUGACGGCACGGUACGAGUGAACCGCCAGCCUCAGGAACUGCCGCUACAGCGGGAUGGGACUGUCAUCAUCCGCAUUGGAAACAGUAUCUUCUUGAAGAACUCUGAGGGCAUUUCGGUUGUAUGCAAGCUUCCCCAUGACAUCUGUGUUCUGAAGCUGAGCGGCAGAUACUUUGACAGAACCGCUGGUCUCCUGGGCAACUUCAACUUUGAACCUUACGAUGACCUCAAGACCCCAAGCAAUGAGCUCCAGACCAAUAUCACUGCUUUCACCGAAUCCUGGAAGGUCGGCAAGAACUGCCUCCGUUCCGAGGCUGCUUCUCUGGACCGCAACCGGGUCCUCCCAACCAUGGAUCCCGUUGUGAACUUUGACCCCCUUCACCCUGACAACGAGGCCUGUGCCAGCAUGUUCCUUGACAACUGUUCCCCUCUCGCUGCCUGCCAUGGUGGGGUUGAUCCAGACUCUUUCUACAGGAUGUGCAUCCUAGACACGCGUACCCUGCCGGAGGCAGAGCAAAAGAGCAAGAUGUGCAGUAUCGCUGUUGCCUACAAGACCCAGUGCUGGUUCAGCAAGCAGCCUGUACGCAUGCCUGAUGAAUGCAUUACCUGUGAGGUUGGAGAGCAGUCCUUCCAAGCCGACCAGCCAAUCAGGAUCAAAGGAGAGGAGGUACCUCGCAAGGUGGAUAUCGUCUUUGUCGUGGAAGAGAAGCGAUGUGCGCGAGAGGAUGCCCUUCUCCUUGACGAUAUGGUUGCUAGAUUGGCGAGCGAACUUGAGAAUGCCGGUUAUGAGGACACUUGGUUUGGUCUCUCUGGCUUCGGCGGUAUUGAGAUCCACGACGAACCCCAUGAGCAUACCAUCAACCACAAGCUCUUCAACAACCGCACCCGUGACUUCCUACUGGGUCUCGACUCGCUGGUCUUUGAGGAUGGUGAUAACAACGACACCUUCGCCGCUGUCAAGUACGCUGCCAACUAUCCCUUCCGAGCUGGAGCUGCCAAGCAUAUCAUCCUUCUCUCUUGCUCAGAAUUCACGGGAGAUAAUUCAGAGCUGAGUUUCAGGGAGUUGUCCGUCAUGCUUCGAAAGCGAGCCAUCUCUCUCACUAUCCUCACAGAUUAUCAGUUCAGUGUUUCAAAUUCGAAAUCAAAGUCAAAGUCAGAGCUAGUUUACGGUAUUGACUCGACAGCGACGUACACCAGCAAGAUGGCCGGUCUAGUGCCUUUCAAGGGAUCCGGCUCCCUCCGCCAGCGCACUACCGAACCUAAGGGUGUGAAUGCCCUCCUUGCCCAGGAGUCUGGAGGUGCCAUCUUCGACAGUAGCAAGCUCCGUGACAAGAGCUUCAACGAGGUCUUUGUCAAACGGUUGGUGUUCAAGACCGAACCGGCCGAGUGCCAGGUCUGCAGCUGUGUCCAUGAUGAUCUGCUGGCGGUUGGACGUUCCGUGUGUGAAAAGUGUACAGAUCCUCUGAACAUGUUUGGUGAGGAAAUCCGGGCUGGUGUACGGGACUUUGAACUGAAACAUGCCCUACCACACUGGCGGUAUCCUGAUCAAAUAGUCGAGGAAGACGAAGAGUAAAUCUAUUUUUAUGUCUAUGGCUACGAAUAAUCUAUGCAUUAAACUCGUCUUCCUACUGUAGCAUUCGUUUUUGAUGUAGAUACUUCGUGAAAAUAAUGUAGAUAUCAUUUUGGUAGAAGAAAAUUGGGACCAACUGUUAGUGAUUGUAUUGGACCGUUAUUCCAUCAUGUUUGCAAGAUUAUUCAGGCGGGGGCGCGAGGGAAUGCCAAAGAUUCAUCAGCCAUUUUUGUUUGCAAUACUACGUCAUGUAACAAGGACAGCUGAAAUUAUAAAGUUAUCGUAACUGUACUUUUCUUUAGAUUAAGCUCACUUUCGACGACCUUAGACUGCUAGAUUUCUAUGUGGCUUUAAAAAAAAUACAACUUAAAACACCAACAAUACAACUAUUUUAAUAUUCAGUACUCAGCAAACUUUUAUACCAUAGUAAAAAUCAAGUUGGAAGAACCCUUAUUGUGUUUUUUAGUAUUAUUAUUGCUGGUUGACAAUAAUAUCCUGAUAUGGGAUAUUGAGAUUGUUUAGAGCUUGUUAUAAUGUAAUGUACCUGUGAUUUUGAUGUAAAUUUCUCUUUUGCUGUGUGAUUCAUGCAUUGCACGUAUUGGUUUUAUGCGGACAAUGCAAUUUUCCGUCAUGUAUCUGUUGUUUUGAAAGAUUGAGCAAUUGUGAGGUUGUGUUGGUGUUUAUGCAGUAUUAGCAGUUAUUAUGUUUCUCUUUUGUAAUCUGGAAGAAGAAUUUUGGUUUGUUUGUACAUGUUGAUGUCUUACAUUAUUUGUUAAUUGCGUGAAACCGAUGCACUAUUAUUCACAAAAUACCUGUUUUUAUGCAGUAUUGACGUCAUAUACAUGUAAGUUUCAAUUUUUGUUAAACUAACAUUCCGUGACAGUUGUCAUUCAUAGCCUCGUAACACAAAGCUUAGAUAUUGAUCGUAAAGUCAAUCCUUACAAUUGAUUUUGCAAAAUUACCAAUGCAUCUAUACCUUUAAAAUUCAAAUCUACGAUUGAUCAGUUUUAUUCUUUGUGGCCCCUAACUAUAUUAGUUCUGCAUCAACUUAUUUGCAUAUUGCCUUCAUAACGUCCUAGCUGCAAACUCUUAUACAGCCACCUAUAAGAAUUUUGUUCUGCAUUAUGUUCAUUCAUUCAUUAUUUCAUAUAAAAUCCUUCGCAGAGUGACAUUUAUUUAAGAAAUGGUGAUGAUCGGAAUAUUGUGUCCUUUGUAAAAUGAAAUAUUUUUUUGAUUGUAUGGUAUGUUAUUAAAAAUUGUUUUAUGAAAAUGAA